AUGAGCCUAGGUCAUGGUUCGCAAGAUAUCCACAAUGUACAGUUAGAGAAAUUUGCGGAAUGGCUGCUUCAAAUAGGUGACGGGUUACUCGGAGACAGCACCGAUGGCGAAUCGGUUAAUAGAAUACCCGACAACUUGCUGCUGGAUAUUGAGUCUCCGUGUCUGCAUGAUUUGGUGUUGUUCAUUUAUCCUGACAUUUUACUCCUUUCUUCUAGCAUGUAUUAUUUUAAGGGCAGGAGUAUAUUAACACCAACACUUGAUGUUGUAACUGAAGUAAACAAUCAUGUUAUGUCUUUGAUCCCUGGCAACGAGAGAGUUUACUUGAGCUCUGAUACACUACUUAAUGAAGAUGGUCACUUGGAAUAUGAAUUAUACACAAUGAGCACGAAGUCAUUGAAUGCGUUGAAUUAUUCUGGAAUUUUCCAACACCGGUUACUUCUUAAAAUUGGUGUUCCUGUGAUGCUUCUUCGCAAUAUUGACCAAUCCAAUGGACUAUGCAACGGUACGCGAAUGCAAGUUAGACGUCUCGGCGACCAUGUCAUUGAGUGCAUCAUAUUAGCAGGUCGUAAUACUGGUGAGGUUGUCUUUAUCCCAGGAUGA